AGGAGAUGUUUUCCCCAGCACCCUAUAGCCAUAUUAGCCCAGUGAAGUAACCUGGAGCUGGCCAGCGAUCUGCACCUUACCGGCGGAGUCAAACAGCCACUGGAGACGUGUUGUUUUAUAUUUUUACUACAUGCCAAAACCGCUAAUGAACUGACUAACAUAACGUGUGGGACACAUCAGCGGAAAUGUGUAAUAGGCUACACUGGCCACCAAGGACCUACCUGGCUGCCCAAUCUAUCAACUGACAGCUGUCACCUAGCUUCUUAUCUUGGGAGCUAGCUAGGUGAGCUAACGGCUAACUGGGGAUUUUUUUAGGCUAACAGCCAGGCUCAUUCAGACAACCGGUGUUGGCGUCGGUUCGGACAGAAGAACUAUGACUUCUUGAACAUUUGACUCCGCCUGUUGGUCAAACCAUGAGUUAGCAGAGGGGCUUCAGGCAGCAGUGUUUAGCAUUAUUUCAAGCUAGUUCAGCUAGGGUUUUUUAGCUUCAGGAUAGCUUACUGCUUUCAUUCAGUUAUUAAAAAGCUUCUGCUGAAAGAACAACACCGGUUCAUUGGUGGAUAGGGACUGACUAUAACUUGCUGAGGUCGUUGUUUCGACACUGAACCAUUUUUGGACUUGGGCCGACUCUGGAUAGCAUCUGGGUGAAAUGAAGAAAUUUUUUGACUCUCGACGGGACUUUGCGGGCUCUGGGCCUGGUUCGGGAGCAGGCGGAGGAGGCACUGGUUCUGGUGGCGGCGGGAGCUUUAUUGGACGGGUCUUCAGCAUCGGAAGAUAUCAAGUGACUGUCGAGGAAAUUGUUGCCGAAGGAGGUUUUGCAAUUGUAUUUCUGGUGCGAACUCAUCAAGGGCAACGUUGUGCUCUGAAAAGAAUGUAUGUCAACAAUGAACAUGAUCUCAGGAUCUGCAAGCUUGAGAUACAAAUUAUGAGAGACUUGGUAGGCAACAAAAACAUAGUUGGCUUCCUGGACUCCAGCAUAGCCGCUGUAGGAGCUGGGGAUGUGUGGGAAGUCUUAAUCUUAAUGGACUUCUGCCGAGGUGGGCAGGUGGUAAACCUAAUGAACCAGCGAUUACAGACAGGCUUCAGUGAAGCUGAGGUGCUUAGGGUCUUUUGUGACACAUGUGAGGCAGUCGCUCGGCUUCAUCAGUGCAAAACUCCCAUCAUCCAUCGAGAUCUCAAGGUGGAAAAUAUUCUCCUACACGAUCAGGGGCACUAUGUGCUCUGUGAUUUUGGAAGUGCCACAAAUAAUUUCCAAAACCCACAGACUGAAGGGGUUGCAGUCGUAGAAGAAGAAAUUAAAAAAUACACCACCCUCUCAUACCGUGCUCCAGAGAUGGUCAACCUUUAUGGUGGAAAGGUCAUCACAACAAAGGCAGAUAUUUGGGCUUUGGGUUGUCUACUCUAUAAGCUGUGCUUCUUUACCCUUCCUUUUGGUGAGAGCCAAGUGGCCAUCUGUGACGGUAGCUUCACCAUCCCAGACAAUUCUCGUUAUUCCCAGGAAAUGCAUUCUCUCAUUAGAUACAUGCUGGAACCCGAUCCUGACAAGAGACCAGAUAUUUACCAGGUAUCCUACUUUGCCUUUAAACUGGCCCAGCACGAGUGUCCUGUCCCAAAUCUGCACAAUUCCCAGAUUCCUUCAAAACUUCCUGAGCCUAUCCGAGCCAGUGAAGCAGUGGCCAAAAAGAGUCAAACCAAAGCCAGGCUAACAGACCCAGUUCCAACUACAGAAACCUCUAUUGCACCUCGACAGCGACCCAAAGCUGGCCAGGCACAGUCUCAGCCUUUAUCAAGCAUUCUUCCCAUCCAACCAGCUCUCACCCCACGCAAGAGGCCUAAUGUGACCACAGGAACAACGCCGGCUUUUGCGGUUGGCAUUAAUGCCCCGGCUGCAGCUGCUGUGCAACCUGCUCAACAGGCUCCAGCUGUACAGGCUGCUCCUCAUCUAGCACAGCCGACCAACCAGCAGCCACAGCCCACAACACAUCAGCAGCUCCUCAUGAAGACACAGCAAGCCUCACCCUUCCUAACCCCUCACAAUAACCAGCAGAACCUGCACCAACAACAAACACCCUCCCAUGCAUCUACUCUGCUGCAGUCCAAAGCUAAACCUGUUACCCCAGUUUCUGCCCUGCAACUUCAGCAUCAGCAUGUAGUGCAUGAAACAGCAGCAUCUCAUCUUGCACCCAUCCCCGAGUCUGCAGUCAUUGCUCAUACAGCUGGCCCAGAGGUCGUGACUCCAGGCAGAGAAAUCCACAAAGCUGGCUCCUUGACACCCCCUUCAUCUCCAAAGAUAGCCCCAAAAAGUGGCCACAGACGAAUCCUGAGCGACGUCACCCACAGUGCCAUCUUUGGGGUCCCAGUCAGCAAUUCCACCCAGCUGCUUCAGGCAGCCGCAGCUGAGGCCAGCCUCAACAAGUCCAAAUCAGCCAGCACCACUCCUUCUGGUUCCCCUUGCUCAUCCCAGCAGAAUGUGUAUCAUUCAGGUGGUCCUGAUGCUCCAUCAGUGCUUGCUGCAGCAAAUGCUCAGCCUGGCUGGAACCCCUUUGGAGAUGAUAAUUUCUCCAAGCUAACUGCAGAAGAGCUACUCAACAAAGACUUUGCAAAGUUAUCUGAGUCUGCUCAGCCAGGAGAAACAGAUCUCACUUCCAGUGGAGGUCUCAUUCCAGAGCUCGGUGCUUUUCCAGCAAAGCCUGAGGUGUGUGUGGAUUCCUUGAUCCCUGGUUUGGAAGCUCCUCAGUGCCAUUCAGGCCAGCCAGAACAUAUUGCUGCCAGCAUGCCAGAUUCUUUCAAUGGGGAGAUGUCUCUGCUGGGGGGUGAUUUGUUAACUCAUACUUCUGGUGGAAGCCAGCCUAUUUGUGCCCUGCCUUCCUCCUUCUCCUCUGGCCCUCCUGGCUGUGGCUCCGGAUCGUGUCUGGAGGAGCUGCAACUCAGUCAGACUGCCGACUCUUCUUUCCUCUUGUCGGGUGGGAAAAAGGGCAAUGAUGAUGAGUUUGACCCCAUUCCUGUGCUCAUUGCAAAAAACUCGAAUCAAGGUGGUCACUCUCACAGCAACAGUGGCAGUUCAGAGUCCAGCAUCCCCAACUUGGCGCGCUCCCUUCUGCUGGUGGAUCAGCUCAUCGACCUCUAGAUUGGGGGGGGGGUGCAAUCCUAAAAAAAGAUGGGUGUUUUUGGGGUGGGGGGGGUUAAAGGACAGAGAUGGGUGACAGAGGCACUUACUGUAGCAACCUUUAAUGUGAGGAAUAGCCAGCAUGGAUUGGUUCAGUAGAGCCAUUCUCUUUAUGUGCCUCCUUGGUCUCAACUCCAUCUCUAGCAGCGUGAUAAGCUGGUUUCAUGCAUCUCUGCUGGCCGUUGACAUUUACACGCUGGUGAUUUGUUUAUUUUUGUUAAUGCUUGAGCAUAUCGUCUGCUUCUGUCCUGGCUUCACCAUUGUCUUUUAUUUUUCAUGUUUCCUUGUUCUUGCAAUAAUGUCCCUCAUUGAUUUUUACUCCCAUUUUGAUCAACUGUCAUUGUGUGCGCUGCUUGAUCACAGCUCCUUUGUGCUUAUUGUUUCUGUAUGUGAUAAUUGUUGAAGCUUAAAUGACACACGGUCAGGAACGUUUAUGCGUGUCAAGGGGUUGUUGAAAAGGUGAGAACUGAGAAUGAUGUAGACCUUAUGAAUACCAUGAUGUAGUUUCCAGUAAAAGAUCUGGUCAAGUACUAUGGAUCAAACAACAAUGGGACAGUAAGGAACCACUCAGUCAUUUACUGCUGCACAGAUAAACCAGUUUUUUGGUUAAUCUUAGUUAACCACUAUGGGUAGAGAGAAAUUGGUUAUUUAUUGGUUAAUUAAGAGGAGAAUUAGGCUGUCCUAUUAAGACAAAUAGCUUUGAAAUGAUUACAAAGCAUAUAGCGUUUGUAAUUUAAGUCUAUUCAGUCCUGUGCUGCUAUUUACAUGUAUAUCUUUAACACUGAGUUAGAUUAUAGUGCCUUGCAAAAGUAUUGCUAUACCUUGAAUAGUUCAGCAUUUUACUCACUUUGCAAACACAACUGUCAGUGUAUUUUAGAGGGAUUUAAUAUUGUGGACCAAUACCUUGUCUUGCAUUAUUCUAAAGUAAACUCAAAAGAAUGCAUGGUUUAUUUUAUUUUUUUUAUUAAUAAGAAAACAUCUAAAAACUGUGUCACUUGGCAUCAGAAGUAACCUAAUUACUCAACUGAGUCAUGCUACAGGUGGACAGCUAUUCUGUAAAGGCAACUAAGGUUGAAAACUACAUGUAAUUCUCAAAAAUGUUGUCCAUUAACUUCAUAAUCAUACACAACUUUGCGCUAGUUUAUCACAUAAAUAAAAUCCCAACUAAAUACAGAGAAGCUUGUGGUUGUAACGUGCCAGAAUCUGGUGUGAAUGCUUUUCCAGUGCACUGAAUAGGUAGGUGUAUAUAUGAAUUAUUUGAAAGAUGUUACAGAUUUCCAAACUGCAAUGAUGGUUUUGAUGAUGUUUUUUCUUUAACACCUGAACUCUCUGUGGCUGAUUAGUUUGACCCCAAGAUGCUCUCCUGAUCAGCAUUUUCCACAUCUUCGGAGUAUUAAUCAAUCUGGUGCAUUUUCAUUUGCAUUUUUAUUUAAUGAUUUCUCAGACUCUGAUAAAAUCCUUACCUACUCGUACUUUGAAGUAAAUGGGCCAAUAUGACUCAUUUCUGUACAUAGAAUUCCAAUUACUUCUCACAUUUAUUCUUUUUAAUGCUUAUAAUAUGUUUUUUUGUGAAAAUUAUUUACAGGCAUUUUAUCUGUCACGAUAUGACUAAUAUUCACAGGGAUUUAGAAACAAAUGUAUGAGCGGAGACUCAUCUUUUAAUGUGGAAAGGAGUGUAAAUGAUGACCCAGCCCGUUUAAAGUUCCAUGGUUUAUUUUUCUCCAUUCAUGUCAAUCAUUCAGCCACAGCUUUUGUUCUUGAUGAAACGAUGAGCUUCUGAUGUGUUUGCCUGGAUCAUAUUUUUAGCACUUUCUUCCCAUUGUACCGCUAAUGUGUUCCUGUUUAUGAUGACAGAUUGUUGUUAAUUCAGAGGACACGUAAUGAUGGCAUGUUCUUCCUGAUAUCUCUGGAGCAUCCUUGAUCCCUCAUGACUGUCUGUUUUUUACUCUUUAAGUAAUGAGAAAGCUUUGGCUGGCAGCUGUAUAAAAAUUGCGUUACAUUUGAUGACAAUCAUUGCAGUUGAUUUUGUGUUUAUAUGUAAAAAUCCCACCAAGCUCUACGCUGAAUCAUGGCUUUUCAAGGAAGUUUAAUUGCAUUGCUGUACAUUGUAAGAUUAUUUCUAAUGGUAGUUUAACCUUGAAUUUAACUGAGAACUGCAUCUUUCCUAUUGUUUUGCCAUCACUGCUACAGUAAAUGAUUUACGCAUAAAUCUCUUUGAGGAGAUCAAGUUUACUUCCCUUCAUUCAAUGGAUGUCAUAUGGUUAAGAUCAGUACACUGUGAAUUAACAGUGAAAUAAUUAAUGCUACAUUUUGCAAUUGUAGUAAUCAUUUAGAUUAGUUUUUUUGUAAAACUUUGACCUUGUGGCAACCAGUAAUCUAGCAGCAGGCCGUAGGGUGACAAUUGCCAAUAACAUAGCAAACUUAGCUAUUGGAAAUAUAAUAAAGCAAAUAGCAAUAUUACCAAUAAUUGAAGAAUUUAUGAUGCUGUUGGCAUAGUAUUAAAGUAUUCUGUAAAUGUAACAGCUUGAGCCACAAAUAGGACCUUAUUUCUUGGAAAUAACGUUUUGUAAAUGGGUAUAGUGGAUCUCAGUUGGGCCUACGGGCUUUGUUACAUUUAAAAUGGCCAGAAUGAUUACAUUCUUGGCCAUUAUUAUUAUCAUUAUUAUUAUUUAUUGUUACAGACCUGCCAAUGCUUUUUUUUUCCCCCGAGAACAUGUGGCUAUAUUUAAUGACUUCUCAGAAUCCCGCUAGCUACUCUUUUUCAAAAAACAGACAAAUUACAAAGCUUUUUGGAUUUUGGAGUACCAGACCGAGUAGGUGACCAGUCAGGGCCUGUCGAGCUGAAAUUCGCCCGAUAUUUGUCACCAGCUGAUUUGAGUAUGUGCGGUUCUGUUCUGUUAUCCUUUGAAUUGCUUUUCACUGAUGUUGCUUUGUGCAGCUGAUGGUGGCUAAUGUUACUGUUCAGAAGAAUUCAUGGAAAAUAAAAAGUUACUUCAAUAA